AUGUCUGAACGACCGUCGGGCUUAGCCCGGAAUCCAACUGCACCUCCAAUUAUGGCCAACGGUCACUUUGCGUCCAUCGGCGACAACAAUGAUGUCACUUCCUACGAGCACGGAGUCCAGGUCAUUGAUGGGGAUAAGGAGUUCAAUCCUAACUUGUCCAAGUAUCUAUCGCUGGAACAUGUCACGAAUGCCGGAUUCAACUACCAUCUCAUCUCCGUGUUUGGCUCACAGUCAACGGGAAAGUCUACUUUGCUCAACCAUCUAUUCGGGACUCAAUUCUCGGUCAUGUCUGAGCAAGAACGUCGGCAAACGACCAAGGGAAUUUGGCUGUCCAAGAACAAGAAGCAGAGCGACGCUUCCACCGAGGGGAUUCGGAUGGCGGAUAAUAUUUUGGUGAUGGAUGUGGAGGGAACCGAUGGUCGCGAACGAGGUGAAGACCAAGACUUUGAGCGGAAGAGCGCUCUAUUUGCGCUCGCGACCAGCGAGGUUCUGAUUGUGAACAUCUGGGAGCACCAGGUUGGUCUGUACCAGGGCGCAAACAUGGGUCUCCUCAAGACGGUAUUUGAGGUCAAUCUCCAAUUGUUCCUCAAGGACAAGAGUACCACGCAUCGCUCUCUUCUUUUCUUCGUCAUUCGUGAUUUCAUCGGCACCACCCCACUGAAGAACCUCCAAAAGACGCUAUUAGAAGACCUUGCCCGCCUUUGGUCGACGAUCUCGAAGCCUGCUGGAUUAGAGAACUCAACCAUCCACGACUAUUUUGAUUUCCAAUUUUACGGUCUCCCGCACAAGGGUUAUCAACCGGAACAGUUCGUGACAGAAACACAAAAGCUCGGCCUCCGCUUCCGCGAGGGUCACCGUGACUUGAAACGAGAUCCGCUUCAAGGAGAGUUUUCUGAAGGCGGCGUCUUCCUUCCCGAGUACCAUCGUCGUAUCCCUGCAGAUGGAUUUUCGCACUACGCCGAAGGCAUCUGGGAUCAAAUUGUCAACAACAAGGAUCUGGAUCUCCCCACGCAGCAAGAACUACUUGCUCAGUUCCGCUGCGAUGAAAUAUUGCGCGAAGUGAUGAUCGGCUUCGACGAGACCAUCUCUGCUUUUGAGGACAAGCAAGCUGAGUCUGUCCGCUUGGGUUCGCCGGAGGUCAUUGGAGGCCUGGGUGUGGCCAUGCGUGGUGCCCGUUCCAAGACACUCAAGGGCUUUGAGACCGAAGCUAGCCGUUACCACAAGGGUGUCUAUCAGCGGAAGAAGGCUGAGUUGGAGGGUAAAGUCGAUACUCGUCUCAAAGCGCUGUUCCAUGGCCAAAUCACAGCUGCGCACAAGUCAGGCAUUCAAGACUUCAGUGAUGCUGUGACGGGCGCUGUCAAGUCUGGUCAGAAGAAGGGCGGUAAUUACGAUUUUGCUGAGAUCGUUAAUCAGGAGACCAAGUCCUCCUUGGACAAGUUUGAGGCGGUUGCUCGCUCAACGGUGGUGGAGGGCACCUCUUGGGGCAAUUAUAAGCAAGAGCUCAGCCUCUUCGAAAAGGAACUGGCCGAAGUUAGCGGUCGUCUGCGGCGCGACGAAAUGCGACGUCUGGCUACUCGCGUCGAACGUUGGGUUCAGUCCCGUCUUGGCGAGUCUGUUGGCCUCGAGUUCAACAGCCUAGGCUCGGGACGUGCCGGCAGCGGUGCACCUGAGAACGGUGAUAAACCCCCAGAGACGGCUUUCUGGGACCGUGUUUGGAAUGUUUUCGUGGAGACCGUCUUGGACGCCGAGCGGCGGUUCACGGAUCGUGCCAGCAGCUUCGACGCCAGCUUAGAAGAGGUUGACGUUGGUUUGUGGCGCUUGCGCCGCAAGUCAUGGGGUGUGCUCCACGCCAAGAUCGAAGAGGAGAUGAUUGAGGGCAACCUGCUCCUCAAAUUACGUGAAAACUUUGAAGACAAGUUCCGUUACGAUGAGGCCGGAGUGCCACGUAUUUGGCGCCCGACGGAUGACAUCGAGGGCAUCUACACCCGCGCCCGAGAGUCGACUUUGACUUUGAUUCCGCUUCUUUCGCGCUUCCGUCUCGCCGAGACAAACGCUCCUCCUCCUUUGGAUCGCUGGAUUGGGCAUACUCCCAGCUCCGCGACCCCUGCCGAUGAGGAGGACCUUGCUCCCAUUGGUGGCGUAGAUGAGGAUGAGGGCAAGAGCCUGGAAGAAGAGAUGACCAUCCUGAGCGACUCGAAGCGUCAGGAGCUUACUGUACGCUUCAAAAAGGCUGCUGAUGGUGUCUAUGUCGAGGCGAAGCGGAGUGCCAUCGGCGGCAUGACCCAAGUUCCACUAUACUUCUACGGCCUUUUGUUGGCAUUGGGUUGGAAUGAGAUCAUUGCUGUCCUGCGCAACCCCGCCUAUUUCUUACUGCUGUUUGUCUGCGCCGUCGGUGCUUACGUGACCUGGCAGCUCAAUUUGUGGGGCCCAAUUAUCAAGAUGUCGGAAGCUGCCUCUCAGCAGGCUCUAGUUGAGGGCAAGCGCCGCCUACGUGACUUCCUUGAGCAGUCAGAUACCGGCCGGCAGGCGAUCGCGAUGUCCUCUUCGGAGCGAGCCGCCUCGUCGAGCAAACAGGAAGAGUACGAGAUGUCCGAUAUGCCCAAGCGGGGCUCUGGCUCGAAAACGGAUGAUUUGGACGACCUGUGA